AUCUGAUACGGACUACACCCAGCCGCUGCCUCACUGCCCUGGCUUUCUUUGCUGCCCCAGCCCUGACGUUGGUGAACGUCGAAGUGCGGGUUAGAUUGGAGACUCUAAAUUCGCCUGUAGGUUUUCUCCCGAUUUGGCUGUCUCCUGUUUGGCUUCCGAAGCUGUAGGGAUUUUUUUUAUAUAAAGCAUCAGUUUCUUGAACAUGUCUUGGCAAAGCUACGUGGAAAACCUGAUGGCCGAUGGCAGCUGUCAGGAUAGCGCCAUUGUUGGAUAUACGGACGCCAAAUAUGUUUGGGCAGCACAUGCCGGUGGUACUUUCAACAAUAUCACGUCUCAAGAAAUUGAUGUCCUUGUUGGUAAGGACAGGGAGACCUUUUACACCAGCGGUCUCACUCUGGGCUCAAAGAAGUGUUCGGUCCUCAGGGACAGCCUCCAUGAUGACGGGGACUGGACAAUGGACAUCAGGACAAAGAGCCAAGGAGGAGAACCUACAUACAAUGUCUCUGUGGGAAGAGCUGGAAAAGUAUUGGUUUUAGUCAUGGGAAAGGAGGCGGUCCAUGGUGGAAAUCUUAACAAGAAAGCACAUUCAAUGGCUGAGUACCUGAGGAAGUCUGGAUAUUAAGCAACCUCUCCACCCAUCCAUCAACUUAACAGCUCACUCCCUCCCAACCACAUUGUGUUGACACUACUUCCAGGAUUAGAUGGCAUAUGAUGUUACUUCCUCCUCAGUCUACUUUUAUAAACAGCCUUUUGUUUGCUUAAAUCCUUCCACACUCCUUUUUUAUAUAAACCUUCCCCACUUUAACAUUGUACUUCUCAUAUUUUUGGCACUACAGUAAUGGCAUGUUCAUUGAAUUGUUUAUUAACCAAAAGAUUGUGCAAAAAAUGAUUGCAAAGUGUAAUAAAAAAUGUUUAAAAAAAGUACAAAAAAAAUUGGACUCGCCUUGUUUAACAUUCACUUAGCAACUGGCUUAUAUUCCAAGGGGAAGUACACAUGUAAUGGUGGUGAUAGUUUGCAUAGUUUUGCUUUUUGAGCAUUACUAAAAGAUGCCAGGUUUUUUUUCUUUAGCAUGUGGGCAUUUAAAAGUUGCAUGCAUACCGUCUUUAGCAUACAGAUCCCAGCCCUGUCCUCUCUCUGUCCCAGCAUAAUAUUCCAGCCAAAACCAUAUUCUCUUCUGCCUCCAUAAAAGAAACGACAAAUUUCCUCUGACAUGAGUCCUGUGUGUGUGUACCGCCCUCAAGCACAACGUCUUUUGCCCUCCAUCACACGCUUUUGCUGUUGUACCUGAAUGUGGUCUUAAAAGUUAAUGAUGUGGUGUUGGGCUGUUGUUUGAGUUGUAGUGUAAGGCCAGCAUUGCUGAGGUCUCAAAGAUAUCGCCACGAUGCUUCGCCACAUCCUGGAGUCUCAGUGGACAUUCCACCUCUGUGACAGCUCAGUCGUUUAUCAGUCAGCCUCUGCUAUUUGUAAAAUGUUCUGUACGUCACAACACACGCCUGUUAACAUGGCGUUAUUCUCCCCCUCCCCUUUGGACCAAUUGUCAAUAUAAAGAGGAUUAUCAGAAUUACUUUAGCUUAUUCUGAUGGAUGAUUGUUGGCAUCACCUGUUGACUGUAAAUCAUUAAGACAACUUCAGAUGACUGUAAAACAUUUAACUGCUUCCUUAGAGUUCAACACUACUUAAACUUUUCAUCACUAAUUGAUUUGUUGCUAACCUCAUGUCCAUUAACCAAUGAAACGGCAAUGUCAUUUUACUACAGUAUGAAUGCAUUUUGACUGUAAACCGAGGCUGUUGCGCUCCAACACCUUGGCAUUAUUUGCCUUGUGCUUUAGUCAUCAAAGGUGUAUUCACAAAUUGUCAUAGUACGGUACUUAGAAGUAUAUUUAAAAGAAAAAAAAAUGAUGCUGUGUACACUAAACAUAUUGAAAAUGGUGUUGGUUGGAAUAAGAACAUUUGUAAGUUGUCUUGUGAAAAUUUUCUGAGAAUAACUGUGUACUCUGUGCCAUAAAAUCGAUCUGAUCUGUUGCUACUAAGUUGGAUUUUUAACUGCUGCCCCAGCAAGAAGUAACUUUUAAUGGCACUUUCCUAAGGGAUAUUUUGGCAUCAGUAAUCUCCAGACUUUGUGGAAUAUGUACAGAAUUAAACAACAGAAAAAAAGUUUGCAAUAUUUUGUCUUUUUUGAGUUGGAAAUUCCUUCUGCCACAAAAUCUGCUAUUUAAAAUGCCAUGAAUUGAUGACACAUCUUGUUUACAGACAGAUCAAAUAAAAAUUAUUCCAACCAGA